AUGGAUGCGAUGGAGGAUUUGAAGCAGAAAAUUGACCAGGCCAAGCGGAUGGCUUCUGAGCUUGCGUCGCGUGGCGGUGAAAGGGAAUUCACUGCCGGAAGGGAACGGAUCGAGAAGAUGUCGGCGGAGGUGGUCGAUUCGAAUCCCUACAGUCGGCUAAUGGCCCUACAGCGGAUGGGAAUCGUUAAGGACUACGAAAACAUUCGCAAGAAAUCCGUGGCAGUCGUGGGCGUUGGCGGAGUAGGCAGCGUAACAGCUGAUAUGCUGACACGAUGUGGCAUCGGUAAGCUGUUGCUUUUCGACUAUGACAAAGUUGAGCUGGCGAACAUGAAUCGACUCUUCUUCACGCCGGAUCAAGCGGGCUUAUCGAAGGUAGAGGCAGCCGCGAAAACGCUCAAUUUCAUCAACCCUGACGUGGCAAUCGUAACGCACAACUACAACAUCACCACGGUGGAUAACUUCGAUCGCUUUCUCGAAGCGAUCCGGACCGGAGGUGUAGAACAAGGCACUCCGGUGGAUCUGGUGCUCAGCUGCGUGGACAACUUUGAGGCUCGGAUGGCGAUCAACACGGCGUGUAACGAGCUGGCGCUGUACUGGUUCGAGUCUGGCGUGUCCGAGAAUGCCGUGUCGGGGCACAUACAGUUUAUCCGGCCAGGCGACACAGCAUGUUUCGCCUGUGCACCGCCUCUGGUGGUGGCGGAGAACAUCGACGAAAAAACACUGAAACGGGAAGGUGUCUGUGCGGCCAGUUUACCAACCACAAUGGGCAUAGUGGCCGGGAUGCUGGUGCAAAACACGCUCAAGUAUUUACUGCACUUCGGCACCGUAUCGGACUACCUUGGGUACAAUGCAAUGAUCGACUUCUUUCCCUCGAUGAGCCUGAAGCCGAACCCGACCUGUGAUGAUAAGAUGUGCGUACAGCGGCAGCAGGAGUUUCAAGCCCGGCCGGUUAGCGAACCUUCGAACGCCGUUGAGGCCGAGGAAGAAGGACCUCUGCACGAGGAUAAUUUUUAUGGGAUUGAGCUGGUGGCGGCCGACGAAGAUGCUCCAACGAGCGCUGGCAAAACGCCCGCCAAAUCAAGCGAAAUUGCAACGGGGCUGAAGCUGGCAUACGACGCACCAGUAGUAAGAGAUGACACCUCCACACAACUAUCAACCGACAACGAUGUCAGCCUCGAUCAACUAAUGGCGCAGAUGUCAUCAAUGUGAAGAUCCCGUUCGCAUGGGAUUUGAAAUAUGUAUUUGUCUUCUUAUUCUUAGAUUGCUCAACAACCAGUCAUGGUUAAGAGCUGCCUUGGUAAAGUGAAUUUUUCGAACGGCAUAACUAUUUUGGUAGCUCUUGUUGCAUUAUUGAAGCGCGCGUUGUUAUUAAAGUAUGACGCGAAGUCCGAAUUUCGGAAUGUCUCGGGUGAUAUGAUUUUGUUUUGCAAUCCACCAUGUGGUUUACGCUUGUAAUCUGGGAGUUUUUUUUCCAGCUAUUGGCUUCCGGGGAGAUAUAGCACUUAAAAACCCAGUGUUACAGUUAGACGGCAUGGCUGGCUACUGCUCCUAUUUUUACAUGUAAACAGAUAAAUCGCUUCGCUAUUGUUGAGCAAUCUGGAAGGGGCAUCAAUUAUCGCCGAUUUUCCUAAUAAUUACGUUCAUGAUC